AUGACGCCGUCCAUUGUGGACGCGCUGAAGCUGCUCGACGACCUGCGCACGACAGACGAGCCCGGCAACGAUGCCAACGAGCAGCAGCCCAACACCGAAUCAUCAUCACCCUCAUCACCAGCCUCAUCACUAGAGCCAGCAGUCGGCAAUCCCAUCUCCCACAGCGACAUAAUCGACAUCCACAAGAAACUGAAGGCCUCGCAGUCACCAGCACCCAAAUACAGCCUGGAACAGCUGCUCCAGGGCUCCCGCGUCUACAUCCCACCUCCUCCCCCCAAACCCGAACCA